GCGAAGGACAGGAAGUUUACACAGAGCAGAACUAUUUGCUAGGAUUGGUUUUGAUUUUUGCUCAAGUUGUUGCUAGUGUCGGAGAUGCUGUCAUCAGGAUUCUGUUGCACAAAGAGAAAGAUAAAAAUAUCUCUCUGACGCGUGCCUUUUUCUCCCUUUCCCAUCCCCUUGCCGGGGACGCCGGGAAAGGAUCCCAGGUGGAUUGGAGGCAUUAGGUCGUCGGUUUGAAUCUCAGUGGUCGAGAAGGAAAUGUGGGUAAUGCCCGGCUCAUGGGGCAGAAGAAAGGAUCUCAGGGAGAUAUGAGAACUGUUCAUUUCCCCGUGGCCGUCUCCUCAAGGCUAGUUUCUUUGGAAAGCCUCGGUCUUUCUGGUCAUUGCAGGACCUCGCUGAGGGGCUGCAUUUCCUCUCUGAUUCUUUCUCUUGUCCCCGUGGGCCGGCAAAAGGAAGUUCCUGGAACUUUAAGGGACAUGGAUCUGGGGCUGAAGUCUCUAAAGGAAAACCUACAAGGAUAGAAGUCUCCGCAUCACCCUGCCUCUUGGCCAAGGCUGGGGGCUCUUUCCUUCCAGCAUCACCCGUCGUAAUUGAAGCAACAGAACAAAUAAAAUGGAGCUAUCUUGCUCAGCCAUGUGAGGACAAAUGAUCCAGAGCCUAAAAUACACUGAAGAUGUGCAGCACUUUCACACACACGGACCCAUGUGGCAACUGUGGAAAGGCCAAAACUCUCCAGAUGUCUUCCAAUAAUGAUCAAGUUUUUAUCCCAAUGUCACGAAGAAACACCAAUGACCUCUCCAGGAUGACCUCCAACAACCUGAAGACAUUUACUGAAGUAGCCGUGUUAAGUUUUCAUAACAUUUGCUAUCGAGUAAAAGUGAAGAGUGGCUUUCUUCUUGGCCGAAAAACAGUUGAGAAAGAAAUCCUGACAGAUAUCAAUGGCAUCAUGAGACCUGGCCUCAAUGCCAUUCUGGGACCCACAGGUGGUGGCAAAUCUUCGUUGUUAGAUAUCUUAGCUGCAAGGAAGGAUCCGAAUGGAUUAUCUGGAGAUGUUUUGAUAAAUGGAGCACCUCGACCUGCCAAUUUCAAGUGUAAUUCAGGUUAUGUGGUACAAGAUGAUGUCGUGAUGGGAACUCUGACAGUGAGAGAAAAUUUACAGUUCUCAGCAGCUCUCCGGCUUCCGACCACCAUGACGAGUCAUGAAAAAAAUGAACGAAUUGACAAGGUCAUUCAGCAGUUAGGUCUGGAUAAAGUGGCCGAUUCCAAGGUUGGAACUCAAUUUAUACGUGGUGUGUCUGGAGGAGAAAGAAAAAGGACUAGUAUUGGAAUGGAGCUUAUUACCGAUCCAGCCAUCUUGUUCCUGGAUGAGCCCACAACUGGCUUAGACUCAAGCACGGCAAACGCUGUUCUUUUGCUCCUGAAGAGGAUGUCUGAACAGGGACGAACAAUCAUCUUCUCCAUUCAUCAGCCUCGUUAUUCUAUCUUCAAGUUGUUUGAUAGCCUCACCUUGUUGGCCUCAGGAAGACUAAUGUUCCACGGGCCUGCCCAGGAGGCCUUGGGGUACUUUGCAUCAGUGGGUUACCACUGUGAGCCUUAUAAUAACCCUGCAGACUUCUUCCUGGAUGUCAUUAAUGGAGACUCCUCUGCUGUGAUAUUAAACAGAGAGGACCAAGAGGGCGAAGUCAAGGAGACUGAAGAGCCUUCCAAGAGAGAAUCUCCACUCGUAGAAAAAAUAGCUGAGUCUUAUGGCAACUCUGACUUUUGCAGAAACACGAAAGAUGAGUUAGAUCGACUCGUAAAGGGUCAUCAAAGGAAGAGCUCAGCCUUUAAGGAGAUCACCUAUGCCACCACCUUCUGUCAUCAACUCAGAUGGAUUUCCAAGCGUUCAUUCAAAAACUUGCUGGGCAAUCCCCAGGCCUCUAUAGCUCAGAUAAUUGUAACAGUCAUCCUGGGAUUGGUUAUUGGCGCUAUUUUCUAUGAUCUAAAAAAUGAUCCUACAGGAAUCCAGAAUAGAUCAGGGGUGCUCUUCUUCCUGACGACCAACCAGUGUUUCAGCAGUGUUUCAGCUGUGGAGCUCUUUGUGGUCGAGAAGAAGCUCUUUAUACAUGAAUAUAUCAGUGGAUACUACAGAGUGUCAUCUUAUUUCUUUGGAAAACUGUUAUCUGAUUUACUACCCAUGAGGAUAUUACCAAGUAUUAUAUUUACUUGUAUAAUAUACUUCUUGUUAGGCUUGAAACCAGUUGUGGAGGCCUUCUUCAUCAUGAUGUUCACCCUUAUGAUGGUGGCUUAUUCAGCCAGUUCUAUGGCACUGGCCAUAGCAGCAGGCCAGAGUGUGGUAUCCAUAGCAACACUUCUCAUGACCAUCUCCUUUGUGUUUAUGAUGAUAUUUUCAGGGCUGUUGGUAAAUCUCAGAACUGUUGGGCCUUGGCUCUCCUGGCUUCAGUACUUAAGCAUUCCUCGAUAUGGCUAUGCGGCUUUGCAGCAUAAUGAGUUUUUGGGACAAAACUUCUGCCCAGGAGUCAAUGUAACAGCGAAUAAUACCUGUAGCUAUGCGAUAUGUACUGGCGAAGAAUUUUUGCUAAACCAGGGCAUCGAUCUCUCCCAGUGGGGCUUGUGGAAGAAUCACGUAGCCUUGGCAUGUAUGAUUGUUAUCUUCCUUACAAUUGCCUACCUAAAAUUGUUAUUUCUUAAAAAAUAUUCUUAAAUUCCUCUUUAAUUUACAUGAUUGAUCCACACAUUAAAAAUGGAGCAUCUUGAUUUAUUUUAAAUAUU